CUUAUAUACAUGAUACAUGUCGUGUAGGUACUUUUAUAAAUGUACAAAAUAAUAUGUUAGUUUUUUUCUGUACGAUUUAUAUUUCGUAGAUAUUAAAAGGUUAGUGGUUAAUCAUAUUAAAUUCUAUCGAAUUGUAUUCAAAGUGAAGUUUUUACAUGUCAUUUUUUCCAUUGCCUUUCAUAAUUUAAAUUAAAAAAAUAUAUAUUGGACGACAGCGUUUGAAUUAUUGUAUUAAACAUAUUUUAAAGGUAACAGGCAACAGCUGCUCGUAAGGGGAUGCAAAAUGCAUUUUUGGUAAAGUUUUAUGAACGAUUCCAGGCAACAGCUCGUGAUACAGGAUUUUUUAGUGCCCUGAUUCCCUGAUUACCAUGACUUCGCGAUUCGUAGUCUUAUUCAUUGCGUUUUCCUUGCUACCACCACAGCAACAGUGGACGUUUGUUGGAGCCGCGAACAUUUUGGCGGUGCACACAAUCCACAGCAAGAGCCACUGGAACGUGAUGCGAGGCGUGCUGAGGGCGUUAACUGACCGCGGCCACACAGUGAUCGCAUUCACGCCGUUCGUGGACGGUGACAGAGACGGUUACACGGAGGUGGACGUUUCCGGUGAGCUGGAGGUGAGGAUCGGACUGAACGCGUCGCUUAUUACAAAAUGCCAGUCAACUCGAACGAUGAUGGCUCACAUCGCAAACUCUUCGCGCAUAAACUGCGGCGUCAUAUUCAACCACCCGCGAAUGCGAGAAAUCUUAGACGGCCAUCAGUCACGGUUAUUCGACGUAGUGGUCGCCGAAGUUCUUGAAACGGAUUGCGUGUCGUACGCGGCCACCGUUCUUCGCUUACCCGCCAUAUACGUUGUCCCACCACCCAUCGUCACGUAUUCGGAGCGUUCGUUCUUCGGCCACUUCCCCAAUCCCGCAGUUGUUUCCAACUUGCUGUCUCGGCGUGCUGUUCCCAAAACGUUCGCUGACCGUUUUGUCAACGCGAUGCAAACGGUUUACGGUUCGUGGCUGUUGUGGAGCGACGAACGGAGGCUUCGGCAAUCCGACCCGCGACCGUUCGACGCCGUAGACCUGGUCAGACCGUCGUUGACUUUUACCAAUACGCACUUCAUCACCGAACCGUCAAGACCACUGACACCGGACAUCGUGCAAAUAGGCGGAAUACAUCUGACUCCGCCAACUCCGAUACCAAAGGACAUUUUGGAAUUUAUUGAGAAUGCGUCUCACGGAGUGAUUUACUUCACGUUCGGUUCGGUGGUUUCGAUGGAGUCGUUACCGGAAAAUGUUCAGAACACUUUACGAGAGACGCUCGCUCGGCUUCCGCAAAAGGUGCUGUGGAAGUACGAAGGUGAAAUGGUAGGCAAACCUAAGAACGUGAUGACGCGGAAAUGGUUUCCGCAACGCGAUAUACUUUUGCAUCCUAAUGUGAAACUGUUUAUAAGUCAUGGAGGUAUAUCUGGAGUGUACGAAGCUGUUGACGCGGGGGUGCCCAUACUCGGAUUUCCAUUUUUCUAUGAUCAACCUAGGAAUAUUGACAAUUUGGUUGACGCCGGAAUGGCGAUAUCUAUGGACCUGUUAUCUGUUACCGAAGAGACGUUUUUAAACGCCGUUUUGGAAAUUGUUAACAACGAUAGGUAUCAGAAAAACGCUAAAACCGCUUCCGAACGGUUCAGAGAUCGACCCAUGUCACCCGCAGAAUCUGUGGUUUACUGGACAGAGUACGUUAUACGUCAUAAAGGAGCACUACAUUUAAAAUCUCAGGCUCUGAAUCUUACGUGGUAUCAAUAUUUUUUGGCUGAUGUAAUUUGUACAUUAUUAUUUAUUGCGCUUAUUGUUUUGAUCGUAAAUUAUUAUUGUCUAAAACUAUGUAUAAACACAAUUUUAAAAUAUUGCCACAGUGUAAAAGCAAAACGUGAAUAAAGUACAAUUAAUUUUUU